AUGAUGCCGAGCACUCCUCCACGCCGGAGGACUCGCAGUCAGAGCCGUGAGCUCGAGUCCUAUGGCCAUGUUGCGAACAAGCCUGUCUCCCCGGCUGCUCAGCGAGCGCUGCUCAAGGGGAAAUCCACCGCCAGUCGACUGAGUAUGGUAUCAGAAGAGACCCUAGGCAGCUCUCGCAAAACACCCAGCUCAAAUACACGCAACUCUGUGGUGCCUGAGUCGCCGGGUAUGCAUGAGGGACACACCAAUAUUUCCGGCACCACGAUCCUGCCUCUAGAUUCUCAGGACAAUGAACUCGAGCCCAUCUUGAUGGUAGACGAGCUUCCAGAUCUCCAACGCGCUGCGACCAAUGUCAUGGAUCUUCUGGUUCCCCGCGCCGCGAAACCAAUAAGCAUAUUCAAUGCGGCGGCAGAGUCUCUCAAAGACGACGGGGCUACCACCCAGGGUAAGCGGGUCAGCCGAGCAGUCGGUAAGCUUGAGAGCCAAGACAAGGUCUUUCCUCGGCAGACGUAUAUCGAUGUCGAUCGGAUCAACCGCUUGCUACCGUCUGUCUCCAUUCAAGGGGCUGCGCAGCCUUGGACGCCGUUGCCGAUGCUAUACAAGGCCAACUGUGCAUGGCUGGCGCGCGAUGUGCUCUACGCGAUUGUCGGAAAGCAGUCGCAGAUGCAAGUUGUGCGAAAUUUAGAGGGUCAGUUCCCUGCUCCAUUCAUGAAUAAGGUCGUCGUGGCGGGUCCCCAAUCGAGGCCGCUCGGAGCGAGUGCGGCCGACAAAGACACCUUUGAUCUCGCUCUUCAGAUUCGGACGCUGUUUUUUGUCAUGGAGCUGGAGAAACGGCAACAUGAGAAGGAUUUCGACCCCCUCUCCAUUCUCAAGGGGAUGUUCUAUGAUGAGCUUGCUCUCGAGGGCGAAGACUCGCAAUUGGACCCUUCGUCAUUCCGUGGAUUCAAUCUUCCUGGUAUUUACCAAGACCAGAAUGGAUGUCUCCCAGAGCGGUUCCAGGAAGCAGUCGAAGAGAGGUUCAGUGAACUGGAGGAUAGUCUCUUUGACAACGAGGGCCUUCCGAAUAUCCGGGAGCUGAAAGCGGCCUAUCCUUGGAAGCGAUUUGUUCUGCAAGUCAUCCGUUGGAUCAUCAAACGGGAUGACGAAAUCAGAGAGGAUCUACAAGCACUUCCAGCUGUCGACGAUGUGCGUGAAACUCUCGAAAGGGCGUUUCAAGACCAGAUCCGUCCGCGCGCUUUUGCAACGCCUAGCCGGCUUUCAGAGUCGGUUGCCUCUGAGCGCCGCCCUCGCCAAUCCCUCGGCCAACAGAGCCAAGCCACUUCAAGUGGCCAACGGGUGAUCACAGAAUCACCGGUAGUGUCUAGAGACUUUGGAGUAACUGCAUCUCCAGCAUUUCGGCAAUCUGUUGGACAAGAGAGUCCCACCAGACCGACUGUCGGUCUGAUGGACCGAAAGCGACGGCAGUCCUCAAAAAACGUGGGUCGACAGUUUCUCAACCAAGAUUCUAUGAGUCUCAUGGAACGGCGCGAACAGGCUCGACAACGGAAAGAACUGAGCACUCUCGAAUCCCAACCCCCAGCCUCGUCCUCAGCAGCCAACUCAAGAUUGACGGACUCGUUCAACUAUCCUGAGGAGACACUGUCUUCCGGCCGAGCAGAGAUCCCUCAAUCUCCCGAGCCACCAGCCCAUCGACAGUAUCGAGACGACGAUGUUGACGAAGUAGACCUCACUGGUCGCCAGCAGCACGAGAUUAUGGAGUCGAACAGCCCUCCAGGCUCCGCCCGAAUCAACCAAGUUAGCCACACGUCUGUUCCUGGUCGGUUCUUCGAUUCGCCACAGGCAGCUUCUUCACGGCGGGUGGCAGGACCGUCAAAUGACGAGGUGCUUCGACUCAUGAAUGAACCCACCCCCCGACCCGGACCAUCCUCGCGUGCGGCCUUCAUCGAUCGUCAAUCCAACGCGGAGAGGGUGUCUCCGAUCAGCCACGAUACCGACGUUUGGAGCGCAGAGCGACGACGCGAUCAAGCAGAGCCGUUGGCAACGCGAAAGCGGCCUCGACAAGAAUCCCCCGACGAUGACGAGGGUUCUAACGACGACUUUGAUCAGGACGAUCGCCAGAUCGACACCGCCGAGCGGCGCGCACAGAAGCCCCCACAGCGAUCUCACCCGGUUGAGAAGCGCCCGCGCUUCAGCUCUGAGACUGACGCAGCAAACACCCAGUUGCAGCAGUCUUUGAAUGUUUUCAGCCACACCUCUCAUCCUACAGCACCUCAGCCUGUCGGCUCUCACUCUGCUGCCUCUAGACCUGCGGGUCCGAGCCGAAUAACCGCUUUACAAAUGUCUCAGUCCGAAGUCUCCAACCCAACCCCGGCUCCAAUAGGCCCAUGGGCAACCAGCGUGUUUACUUCUCGCUCAGACCAAGACGGUCGGCAGAGGCCCAAAAAGACUUACUCUCAAGAGGAAGAUGAGCGCCUCAUUUUUCUCAUCGGGAAGUAUGGCAAACGCUGGUCCGUGAUUGAAAAAGAGGACAGCUUCUGUCCUGUCGACGAGGGCGGGCCCAAGUUAAAGGGCCGCAACCAGGUUAGUCUCAAAGAUCGGGCGCGUAAUUUGAGGGCCAUAUUCGAUAGGGAAGGGCGACCACUUCCCAAGAAUUUCGAUCAAAUCGCCCCUGCGCACCCAAAACGCAAAUAG